AUGGACAAGAAACAGGUCGCCAAAGCUAGCACAGCGCUACUAGCACAUAUCGAAAAACAAGCUGCAUCUGAAGAAAACCCAAACAAGAACAACCUCCUCGAUGAUGGCCACAUUGUAUGGCUCAUGAUCACUACUAAACUGGUCCCGCAUCAAAAGACUCUCAAGCCAACAAGAAUACCGCUCAAACACCCAUUACUGCCAGAGUCGGCAGAGAUAUGUCUCAUAACAAAGGAUCCUCAGCGUGAAUUCAAGGACUUGUUGGCUAAAGAGGGUGUCAAGGUCUCCAAGGUCAUUGGAAUCUCCAAGGUCAAGGCUAGAUACAAGCCUUACGAGGCUAAACGCAUGCUUGCUACCACAUACGACUUGUUUUUGGCAGACGAUCGCAUCCUGCCACUACUUCCACCGAUACUUGGAAAGGCAUUUUAUGGCAAAAAAAGACAACCUGUGCCUGUCGACUUGACACGAAAUGUAGCAAAAGAGAUUGAAAAGGCUAGAACGUCUACUUAUUUGCAUCUGACUCGUGGUACUUGCAGCGCCAUCAAAAUCGGAACCACAAACCACACCGCCUCCCAAAUAACCGAAAACAUCAUGCACGCAAUCCCCUCCAUCAUCGCCAAAAUCCCCAACCAAUGGUCCAACAUCCAAUCCAUCAACCUGAAAACCUCUGAAUCCAUUGCACUGCCCCUCUACAAUGCCCUUCCAGACAUGCAAGGCAUCGAUGAAGAAACCGUCGUCGCUAAACUCGCUCGUGAGGAAGCAGCACGUAAAGCCGAGAUUGAUGCUGAGCCUACUGAAGAGGAUAAGGCUGACUUGGAGAGUCUGAUGAAGAUUCUGUUCCCGCAAAAGAAGAAACGGACUAGUACGGCUAGUGUUGAUGCGGCGAAUAAGAGUAAGAAGAGGGUGAAGAGGGAGGAGGCGGCUGCCGCUGCUGCUGCAAAAAAGAGUGGGGAGGUUAGGAAGAUUGCGGUGGGGGGUGUUAAGAAGCCUGCUGAUGGGAAGCCGGUUAAGGUCAAGAAGAGUGGUGGGAGGAAGAGUGGAGAGGGUGCUGAUGUCAAGUUGUAA